UUCAAGUCGGCGUAGCUUUUAAAUACGAAAUUUUUGGCACCUCAAAUUUCAUUUUAGUUAUAGCCCACUCAGCUAAAAAUGUCCGAUUCCACCGUGUGCUUCUCUAAGCACAAGAUCGUGCCGGAUAUCCUGAAGACGUGUCCUGCCACUUUGCUUACGGUGACUUAUGGUGGUGGACAGGUGGUGGAUGUAGGCGGUGAAUUGACACCCACGCAGGUGCAGAGCCAGCCAAAGGUGGAGUGGGAUGCAGACCCGAAUGCCUUUUACGCGCUCCUCCUGACCGAUCCGGAUGCGCCCAGUCGCAAGGAGCCCAAGUUCCGCGAGUGGCACCACUGGCUGGUGGUCAAUAUUCCAGGGAACCAAGUCGAGAAUGGCGUGGUUUUGACCGAAUAUGUGGGUGCAGGUCCGCCGCAAGGCACGGGACUUCAUCGUUACGUCUUCCUGGUCUACAAACAGCCCCAAAAGCUCACUUGCAACGAGCCCAAAAUCCCAAAAACGAGCGGCGACAAGCGGGCCAAUUUCAGCACCUCCAAGUUCAUGAGCAAGUACAAGCUGGGGGAUCCCAUUGCCGGGAACUUUUUUCAGGCACAGUGGGACGACUAUGUGCCCAAGUUAUACAAGCAACUAUCUGGCAAGAAGUAGUAUCUUUCUUCUCAUAAUUAGGCUCCCAAAUCCCUACAAAGCAUGCUGUAAAGAACAAGAAUCAUGUAGAAACAGAUAAAUGUA